AUGAUGCCGGAUGAGGAGCUGCAGGAACCUGGCUGGGUUUUGGUACAACCCCAUUGGGGCCUUUGCAAUCGCCUGAGAGCUGUCACAGCAGGGCGCAUGCUGGCCAAUCAUUUGGGCCGUGAGUUUGUCCUGGACUGGCAGCCUUUGCCAGAUUGCAAUUGUCGCUGGAGAGAGCUCUUUGCCACCGAGCUCAUAGAAGUUGACGAUCUGCACGAGGCGGCAAGCCAUCCAUCCCUGGUUGCUGGCAUUGAGCUCCUUCGCCUGUGGGAUGAGGUGACAAUUUUGGCCAAGCAACGGCCUGAAAGUGAAGAACUCAGGAGAACCUUGCGCAGCUUUAACUCCUUCCACAAGGAAUGUUUUCGAGCAGGUCUUGCCUAUGUCAUUGACCCUGCUUCCGACAAAUGGCGAGCGUGCAAGCCUUUCAACAAUCAACACCUGCCAAAGUUCUUGCAGGUUGACUGCGUUUGCGUGAGGGCCUUCAACCCAUUCUACCCUCCAAGGGAAGAGGACCGCGUCGCUCUAGCUGAAGAGCGUGCUGACCUCCUAAAUCAGCUACAGCCGAUCCUGGAGCUGCAAUCGCGCUUGUGGCAGCUCCCUGAAGGAGUUGUGUCGGUGCACAUUCGCCGCAGCGACCAUCAGAAGGCGAUUGCUCGAUCCCCUGAGGAGCUGUUCCUGCGCACAAUGGAGAGCUAUGGAGAGGAUGUGAUGUUCUUCUUGGCGACGGAUGAUCCCAAUGUGGAAGAGCGGAUGAAGUCUUAUUUUGGGCCUCGGCUUUUGACUUCAUCAAAACGGACUCUCAACCGAAACUGCGCCGCUGGAAUUCAAGAUGCUUUGAUCGAUCUGCUUCUCCUGUCACAGGGAGCUGAGGUGCUCGGUUCUUUCAAGAGCUCCUUCUCAGCAAUGGCCUCCCAUUUCCGCAUGGUUCCGUUUCACGUGGUGGACAUUUCUCCCGUGGACCGGAAGGCGCCUACCGCAGCUUUCCGAGAAGUUGCAGUGAUUCCUGAUGACCCAGAGGACAGCUGCAGCAACGCUCUUGGCGAUUCGCGCAAAAACGGUGCGAUGCGGGCAAGCCAUUAA